AUGAAGUCAGCGUUCACUCACAGGCAUCUCCAGGACAUCUCGACCCGCCUCAUCCCCAUCUCGCGCACCCCGCCCCUCUCCCGCCUGCCGCCCCAUACAGCCACCUACGACCGGGGACGAGCACCAAAGGAAUCAGGGGUGCUCAUCCCUCUCAUGAACAUCAAGGGCUGCCCGCAUGUAUUGAUGCAGGUCAGAGCACAUGGCAUGAGAGUGCAUGCAGGUGAAGCUAGCUUUCCGGGAGGUAAAGCCGACCCGACCGACAGAGAUCUAAUGCAUACAGCAACGAGAGAGACUGAAGAAGAGCUGGCCAUACCGCCGUCUCACGUUCAGUUACUCGGCGGACUAGAGCCAGAGUAUAGCUUAGGUAACAAGUCUCGCGUGUGGCCUCUCGUGGGUUUCGUGCACUCCACGCCGAAUCCCUGGCCCAAUGAUCCCAACUCUAGCCUUCCCUCGCAACCCAUCUCUUCCCUUGUCCCUUCUCCAGAUGAAGUAUCCGCCUUACUUCCCCUCCCCUUGGCCAUUCUCACGGAUCCGGCCCGUCUCUCGACCCACAACUUUCGUCUGAAUUGGUACAAGCCUUACCACAAGAUACGAGUGGAGGACCUGGUCAUCCCACCAGCGCCCGGGGCAAGCCUGGAUGUGGAAGGGCUUGAAGUUUGGGGGUUGAGUGGGUGGUUUCUGAACAAGCUGUGCGAGAAACUGGGGUGGUUGGAGCCACCAGAAGUGGAGGCGUCUCCAGAGGAUUGA